UAGCCAUAUCACCCGCCACUCGUUGCCAUCUACCAGCGUUCGUUACCAUCUCCAAAGCAGAAGUAACUCACUUUGCCCAAACACAAGAUAAACAAAGCACUGAGUUUUUCUCCGACAUGUAAAACAUUAAACAUACCACAACAGAAUUACAAAGUCCGAUUAACACACACAUACACAACUAUUCAACAAUGGCAAUCUUAGGAUUGACAACAACGCUAUUUCCGAAGCCAUUAUCAGUAGUAGAAUGCAGCAGAAGUCAUACCAAAUUGAACUCUAAAGUGAGAAACCAGACGAAACGAGGAAGUCGUUCUAUUGGCAAUUUCGAGCAUAUGUUUGGAGCGGUGAAAAAGGAUUGGGAAUUUUUGAAGAACAAAAUCAGCAAAAGUGUUGAAUUGGUAAACGAAAAUUCACAUGUUUCUAAGAUUCUUAAGAAUGUUGAUGACACUGUUUGGCUUCGGAAUUUGGAAGACCCUAAUUCUCCACCUUCUCAGCCUAUCUCAUGGCCUCAACCUUCUUAUCCAGCACUCUCAGGGAUGGAUUUGUUAACUGCUGAUCUCCAAGCCUUGGCUGUAUAUGGCAGUUACUUUUACAGUAUGUCGAAGACCUGGUCAAGGCCACUACCUGAGAUCUAUGAUGCAGAAGUUGUCUCCAACUAUUUUAAUUGCAGGCCGCACAUAAUUGCCUUUAGACUUCUGGAGGUUUUUACUGCAUUCUCUUCCGCUGUGAUAAAGAUUCGUGCUUCAAGGAUCAGAGGGUUCAUCAACUCAAGGAGUGAUGUGGAUAAAAACACCAACUCCUCACAAUAUGAAUUCGGAAAGAUUCUUAAAGAAACAAUGCUGAACCUGGGUCCCACAUUUAUCAAAGUGGGACAGUCUCUCUCAACAAGGCCAGAUAUUAUUGGUUCUGAGAUCUCCAAGGCACUAUCUGAGCUACAUGAUCAAAUCCCUCCUUUCCCUAGAGCUAUUGCAAUGAAGAUCGUCGAGGAUGAAUUUGGUGCUCCUGUGUCAAGAAUAUUCAGUUAUAUAUCUGAUGAACCUGUUGCUGCAGCUUCUUUCGGUCAGGUUUACAAAGGAACAACAUUUGAAGGCUCUGCUGUUGCUAUCAAAGUUCAGCGACCAAAUUUACAUCAUAUAGUUGCCCGGGAUAUAUACAUCCUUCGUCUUGGGCUUGGCCUUUUGCAAAAGAUUGCCAAGAGAAGAAAUGAUAUUCGCUUGUACGGUGAUGAACUUGGAAAAGGCUUAAUCGGAGAGUUAGACUACAGAUUGGAAGCUGCAAAUGCGUCUCGAUUCUUGGAGGCUCAUUCAUCCUUUGCUUUUAUGCAUGUUCCAAAAGUGUUUCCCAAGCUCACAAGAAAAAAAGUGCUGACCAUGGAAUGGGUUGCUGGUGAAAAUCCAAAUGACUUACUCUCAGCUUCUACAGGAGGUAAGAAUAAUUGUUCUGCAUAUUCUGAGGAUGAGAAGGUUGAAGCAAAGAAACGUCUUCUUGACUUGGUGACCAAAGGAGUGGAAGCAUCACUUGUUCAGCUUCUUGAAACAGGGUUUCUGCAUGCUGAUCCACACCCUGGGAAUUUGCGUUAUACGACUACUGGACAGAUAGGGUUUCUUGAUUUUGGUCUUAUGUGUCAAAUGCAAAGGAAACAUCAGCUGGCAAUGCUUGCUUCCAUAAUACAUAUUGUAAAUGGGGACUGGGCCUCUUUGGUCCAGGCUCUAUUCGAAAUGGAUGUCAUCAUGCCUGGAACCAACAUACGUCUUGUGACAAUGGAAUUGGAAAAUGCCUUAGGAGAGGUAGAAUUCAAUGAAGGAAUACCUGAUAUCAAGUUUAGCAAGGUCCUUGGAACAAUCUUGUCUGUAGCCUUCAAAUAUCAUUUUCGCAUGCCCACAUACUAUACGCUUUUGCUGCGUUCUCUCGCUUCACUGGAAGGUUUAGCAGUUGCUGCAGAUGAAAACUUCAAGACUUUUGAAGCUGCUUACCCAUACGUUGUGCGCAAAUUGCUGACUGAUAACUCUCACGCUUCAAGGAGAAUUUUGCACUCGGUAAUAUUAAAUAAAAGGCGGGGAUUCCAAUGGCAAAGACUUGUUCUUUUCUUGAGAGUAGGUGCAGCCAGGAAACGCGUACCCAAGUUUCUGGAGUCUCCUAAUCAUGCACUGGCGAGAUCUUCAAGUGGUGUUAAUGAUAUCUUCGAUGUUGCAACUUUCGUCUUGCAGCUGUUACCUUCUAAAGAUGGUAUUGUGCUAAGAAGGCUGCUGAUGACUGCUGAUGGUACUACAUUGCUUAAAGCAUAUCUUUCAGAAGAGGCUGGCACUGUCCGCCAACAACUUUGUAGGGCAAUUGCAGAUGUACUCUACCAAUGGAUGGCUGGGUUUAUUGGACAAGAUCUCUGUGCCACUGCAUCCUGUCAUUCAUUUGCAGCCAACUGCAACUAUCGGUUACUCUUAACAGACCGUCGCCUCAAAGUGGUGUUCAAAAAGGUACUUAAUGAUGCAAGGCGAGAUUGGUUGCUAAUGCUGCGGUUUUGUUGGACAUCCAUUGUCAUGUUUGUCUUUGCUUCAGCUAUGGCUUGCCAUCAGUUAAUAAUUUCUCUCUCAGAAGCCUAUAUGAGCCGGAUAUCAUUUUCUCGUGUCCAAGUUAUGGCCAGCACCUAGAACAUAUGGGGAAAUUUGUGAGAAUCCAACUAUUGGCAGUCGUGAAGUGGCAAUUGAUGCCAAAAGAAAAGGCGAUAUUAAAGCUGAUAUUUGAUCUGCAACAUGGACUCUCUUGGUUUAUACUAACUUAAGUUCUAGUUUGAAGCCUGCAAUGUGCUCUUUGUGUCAGAUUACCUAUCUUAUUGUUGGCAGUAUCCCAAACUGAUCCUGUCCCUCUCUCUAUGGCACAAAACAGAGCUCCCAUCCUGCACAAUGCAAUCUUUGAAGAGAGUCAUUUCCAGUCAGCAGUAUAUGUACCCGAGUUACUUCUGCCCUAUUAGAAGUGAGAGAUCCGAAAAUGUAAGGUUAUACAAGUUGGAUAAGCCCAAAUGUACUGAGCUGCUUGUUACAAGGUUAAAUGCCUAAACAAGUCCUAUACUCCUAUUACUGGCUGAACUCCGUAAUAUUUAAGCAUGUAAUCUAGGUACUUCCAUUGCCUUUUAUGGUAUUUUCUGCCUUCCAAAUGAUUCAUCGUUUUUCAUCA